CCGAGCACCCCGCGGCCCCCGAGCCGCCCGCAGCCCUGGAGCCGCCCGCGGCCCCCGAGCACCCCGCGGCCCCCGAGCAGCCCGCAGCGUCGCCGGCGGUUCGCGUCCGCCUCCGUGCGGGGGAGCGGCGUUCUCCAGAGCGGCGGCGGUGAGGAGCGGCCCGUCAUGCCGACGGUGGUGGUGAUGGACGUGUCGCUGUCCAUGACGCGGCCCGUGUCGGUGGAAGGCUCCGAGGAGUACCAGAGGAAGCACCUGGCCGUCCACGGCCUGACCAUGCUCUUCGAGCACAUGGCAACCAACUACAAGCUGGAGUUUACGGCUUUGGUGGUGUUUUCCUCGCUCUGGGAGCUGAUGGUGCCCUUCACGAGAGAUUACAACACACUGCAGGAGGCCCUAAGUAACAUGGAUGAUUAUGACAAAACCUGCUUGGAGUCAGCGCUGCUGGGGGUUUGCAAUAUUGUCCAGCAGGAAUGGGGUGCAGCAAUUCCGUGCCAGGUGGUUCUGGUCACGGACGGCUGCCUGGGCAUCGGCAGAGGCUCCCUGCGACACUCCCUGGCCACUCACAACCAGCGCAGCGACAGCAACCGCUUCCCACUGCCUUUCCCGUUCCCAUCCAAGCUGUAUGUCAUGUGCAUGGCAAAUCUGGAAGAGCUUCAAAGCACAGAUUCCUUAGACUGCCUGGAGAGGCUCAUAGAUUUAAACAAUGGAGAAGGGCAGAUUUUCACCAUUGAUGGACCCCUUUGCCUGAAGAAUGUCCAGUCCAUGUUUGGGAAGCUGAUAGACCUGGCUUAUACUCCAUUCCAUGCUGUUCUCAAGUGUGGCCACUUAACAUCUGAUGUGCAAGUAUUCCCCAGACCAGAGCCUUUCAUUAUAGAUGAGGAAAUAGACCCCAUUCCUAAAGUAAUUAAUACAGAUCUAGAAAUUGUUGGUUUUGUAGAUAUAGCUGACAUUUCUAGCCCUCCUGUCUUGUCCAGGCACUUGGUGCUGCCCAUUGCACUGAACAGAGAAGGUGAUGAGCUGGGACCUGGGAUCACAGAUGACACUGAGGAUGAGAAUUCAGCUAAUCAGAUUGCUGGGAAAAUCCCCAACUUCUGUGUUUUGUUACAUGGCAGCCUGAAAGUGGAAGGCAUGGUGGCUGUCGUCCAGUUGGGGCCAGAGUGGUAUGGAAUGCUCUAUUCACAAGCUGACAGCAAGAAGAAAUCAAACCUCAUGAUGUCUCUUUUCGAGCCUGGUCCUGAGCCCCUUCCGUGGCUGGGGAAGAUGGCACAGCUCGGGCCCAUCUCAGUCUGUUUCUUUUUCUUGCCAGAUGCAAAAGAAAAUCCUUAUGGAGAGGACGACAAUAAGAGCCCUUUCCCCUUACAGCCCAAGAACAAGCGCAGUUACGCACAGAAUGUUACUGUCUGGAUUAAACCAAGUGGCCUGCAGACAGAUGUCCAGAAGAUCUUGAGAAAUGCAAGGAAACUCCCUGAAAAAACUCAAACCUUCUAUAAAGAACUGAAUCGUUUACGGAAGGCAGCUCUGGCCUUUGGCUUCCUGGAGCUGCUGAAAGGAGUGGCUGACAUGCUGGAGCGGGAGUGCACGCUGCUGCCCGACACCGCUCACCCCGACGCCGCCUUCCAGCUGACGCACGCGGCGCAGCAGCUCAAAGCGGCAAGUACCGGCGCCUCCGAGUACGCUGCCUACGACCAGAACAUUGCUCCGCUGCAGACAGACUUUUCCAGUAGCAGCACUGAGAGAAUGUGAAGUCUCCAUUUUUGGGAAUGACUCGAGUGGUUCCGAUUUUCCUGCCCUGUUUUACUUUCCGGGGCCUAAUUAACGUUUGGAGAACCUGCAUCAGCGCUCUCUGAAUAAGUACAUCUAGUCUGUGGGGGCUUUAGUCACUUCUAGGCACUGGAGAAGUGUCCCAACUUACUUUCUUAGGAUGCUGGGUGGAAUUUCCUCAGUACAGGUGAGGACAGAAUGACAGUGCUGUCAUUGGCAGCAGACUCUCAUGGCUUUUGCUGUCCACAGAAUGGUUACUCAAUAACUGAACUCAGUGGUAAAAGUAUCCUAAAAGGCAGCUGCUAUCCUUGAUACACCCACUUGAUUAGUCCAGAGAAAAAAGGGGUGGGAAUCACUGUGCAAGAUGAGGUCAGACAGCUCAUUUCAGGGUGUUGUCACUAAUCUAUGCCCGACUCGAAGCCAGCCUGUACUGCUGCAACGAGUGAGCAGCGCUUAUGCUUGUGAAAGUAACUUAAUCUUGCAAGACAUGGGGGUUUUAUUUGUGAAGUAUUAAUAAAGAGUAAUUCUUCAUUAAA